CGGCUCCCGGCGGCCCCCGCGGCGCGGCCGCUUCCGGGGACGUGUCCGCGGCGAUGGCGGCGCCGGCGGCGGAGCCGGACGAGCUCUUCGACCUCCGCAACAACUUCUACAUCGGCGCCUACCAGGCCGCCAUCAACGAGGCGCAGCGCGCCAAGCCCCGCAGCCCCGAGCAGGCUCUGCAGCGCGACGUGUUCCUGUUCCGGGCCUACAUCGCCCAGAGGAAGUUCGGCGUGGUGCUGGAGGAGCUGCAGGGCAGCUGCAGCCCCGAGCUGCAGGCGGUCAGGAUGUUGGCUCAGUUCCUGGCCAGCGAGAGCCAGAGGGACUCGAUCGUGGCCGAGCUGGACAAGAAGAUGGCCAAGAGCGUGGAGGUGGCCAACUGCACCUUCCUGCUGCUGGCGGCCUCCAUCUACCUGCACGACCAGAACCCCGAGGCUGCGCUGCGGGCCCUGCACCAGGGGGACAGCCUGGAGUGCCUGGCCAUGACCGUGCAGAUCCUGCUGAAGCUCGACAGGCUCGACCUGGCCAGGAAGGAGCUGAAGAAGAUGCAGGAGCAGGACGAGGACGCGACGCUGACCCAGCUGGCCACAGCCUGGGUGAACCUGGCCUUGGGCGGGGAGAAGCUGCAGGACGCGUUCUACACCUUCCAGGAGCUGGCGGAGCGGGGCUGCCCCUCGCUGCUGCUGCUGAACGGGCAGGCGGCCGCUGCCAUGGGCCAGGGCCGCUGGGAGCAGGCCGAGGGGCUGCUGCAGGAGGCGCUCGACAAGGACAGUGGGCACCCUGAGACCCUGCUGAACCUGGUGGUGCUGUCCCAGCACCUGGGCAAGGCCCCGGAGGUCACCAAUCGUUACCUGUCCCAGCUGAAAGAUGCUCACAAAAACCAUCCCUUCAUCAAGGAGUACCAGGCCAAGGAGAACGACUUUGACCGCCUGGCCCUGCAAUAUGCGCCCAGUGCCUGAGCCCUGGACAGGGAAAAUCCCUCUGGAAGCCAAAAAAAUCCCUCCUGGAACCCAGAAAAUCCCAUCUGCGCCCCCACACCUGUGGGAUCCCCCAAAUUUGGGGUUACAUUUUGGGCUUCAAGCCCCGCCUGAGGCCUGAACUGUUCCCAAGAAAUGGAAUUCAUUCCUGGAUCUCCCAGCCCUGGAAUUCCUGGGAUUGCAGCCCUGGGGGAAGGUGAAACUCCAACGUCUCCACGGAUCCAUCCCAAAUUCCGCAGCACCUUCCAGCCCUUCUGCCGAUUCCUUUUGGGAUAAGAAAACCCCAAAACAAUAGCAAAUAAAUAAAAAUACAAAUACAAAUAAAACAAAAAUAAUCCUCCUGUAAUAGGCUCAGGCUGAGUCUGGUGUCCCCCUUGCAGUGUCCUCGUCACCAAUCCCUGCUGGCUCCAACCUGGAUUUUCAGGAAUUAUUGUGGCAGGAAUCCCCAUUGGAAUUUCCCUCAAUCCCUCCCAGAUCCCACCUGGAUUUUUGGGUUUUUUCCCCCUCCCCAUGGGAAUUUCCCUCAAUCCCUCCCAGAUCUAACUUGGAUUUUUGGUUUUUUUCCCCCCUCCCCAUGGGAAUUUCCCCAUUCCCAGCCAGAUCCCACCUGGAUUUUUGGAAUUUCCCCCUCCCCACGGCUCUGUGCCCGAGUUUUGGGGUUUUCCCUGCGGUGCCCCGGCCCUGGUGGCACUGGAAGGUGGCACUGAAAGGUCCCUUUGUGCCCGCCUGGAAGGGCCCGGGGGGACAGGGGGACACAGCAGUAAAAUAAACCACAUUUAUGUCCUUUU